AGUGGACGUUGCGGGGCGGAAGUGGACGCUGUUGUGAGCGGAGCGCGCGCGAGACAGAGUCAGUGGCCUAUUGUGGCAGGAUGCUGGGCAGACCCAGACCAGGUGAGUCGGAGGACGACCUCCUUCGUUUCCAACAAGAGUUCCUGAGAUCAGGAGCCUCUCCCGCUGUCACUGUGGUAAAGAAAGCAGACAAGAGGAAAGUGGAGUCAGAAAAUGUGGCCAGUGACGGAAAACGGAAUGAAGAGCAAAGGGACAAGGUCACUCUGGAAGGUCUUCCUGACCUCCCCCCGACCUUACAGCCAGCUCCCCCGAAAAAGUCUCGCCUCAAGCCGUGGAAAGUGCAGUUCGAGGAGGAUAUUGAGGCAUCGAUGGAACAGCAGGACCAGCACAUCAUGGCCGUCCUGCCUAAAGUUAUCGAAAGAGACACGAGCAACAUGCCCAUUUCCUUCCCUUUGUCCACAGGGCUAGCCUUCCCCAAGGUGUUCCACCGCUCGGAAAUGCAGAGCGAGGUACCUGGUGACUUUAAAGAGGCACAGCCGCCUUCAGGAAAGAAAAGCAUCUUCGCUCAGAAAUUUGCAGCAAACAAAGCAGCUGAGCAGGCAAGGACUGCACCUGGUCCCUGCCCCACUCCCCAGGGCAAUAGAGGGCAGAGGGCAAGUGGGUCCUGUCUUACAGGCAUCAGCCAGGAGAUACGGGCAAAUCGCAACUCGCCAGCCUCGGGUGGACAGAGAUAUGAAGCUGGAAAGGGAGCAGGCGGUAGAAUGAUUUCCCAGGAAGCGCAGAGCAUUCAUACCGAGAACGUGGCCAGGCUGCAGGCCAUGUCUGAAGAGGAGAUCGAGCAGGAACGGAAAAACCUGCUGAUGAGGCUGGACCCAGGAUUAGUUGCUUUCCUGAAAUCCAGGAAAUCGGGGAGAGAAACAGCGAGAGGGACUGAGGAUGAAAUGGAAAUAACCAGGACAGAACAGGAGCAAUCUCAGUCUAAAGCACAGCCGAGCCCAGACGAGGAAGAGCCAAAGGAUGUGAGAGUGACAGAGGACAACCUUCCCUUCAAGCCUGAGAAGAACUGGGUCCAUAUGCAUGUGCCGGAGCCCGAGAAGCUGGAAUGGAUGAAGGAUCUGCCCAAACCCAGGAAGCGGAAAACCAAGAAGGCGAUGCAGGCUCGCUUUAGUUUCCGUGGAGACUUAAUCCCCGCAGACACAGAUCUUCCUACUCACCUGGGAUUGCACCAUCACGGGCAAGAGCCGGAGGAAGCGGGGUACUCACUGCAGGAGCUGUUCCACUUGUCCCGCAGUCAGGUCAUCCAGCAGCGGACUCUAGCCCUUCAGACCCUGGCUCAUAUUGUCCAGAAGGCUAAAGAUGGCGUCUUCUCGUCCUCGAUCAAACCCAGCCUGCUGGCCAUCCUGCUGGACGCCGGCUUCCUCUUCCUGCUGCGGUUCUCGCUGGACGACAGCGCUGACAAUGUGAUCGCCGCCUGUGUCCAGGCCCUCAGGGCACUACUCGUGUCUCCUGGUGAUGAGGAAUAUCUUGAUCAGACGUUCUCAUGGUACCUGGGGGCAGGGACAUUUCCGCUACUGCCCAAUGAAGUGGAGGAAGAUGAUGAUGAUGAAGAGGAAGAGCUGAGGCCGACGGGGGACAAGCAGCCGCACAAACCUGUCUCCAAAGAUGAGAAAAAGCCUGAUCCAGAUGUGGCUCAUGUGGAUAUCAUUAAGGGUUUGCUGAAGAUGAAAGUUCUUCACCGUCUACGCUACAUCUUGGAGGUUGUCCGUCCCGUCCCCUCGGUGGUUACUGAAAUUUUCGACAUCUUGAUCCGAAUCGCGAGGCACUCCUCUGAAGCUUGCAGUCAGAUUGUUGAGUGCCCGCGACUGAUGGAGACCAUCGUCAGGGAGUUCUUGCCGGCCACCUGGUCAGUACCUGCUCUUGAGGAGGGACAGAUGGUGGACAGCAUUUAUGGGCUGCCUUCAGCGGCUGCCAUGAAACUGCUCCGUGUCCUGGCUUCAGCUGGUCGCCAUAUGUCAGCUAUUCUGCUGAAUAAAUACAAGCUGAAGGGAAGGAUUGGACGGUUUCUGGCUGAGGAUCCUGGAGACCUGGCCCUGGAGGAGGGAGACUCCUGCUGGCUCUGCACUGAGGCUCUGCGGCUCUGGGCUGUCGCUGCCAGCUAUGCACAGGCCUGUGACCUGUACAAAGAUCUGUAUCCGGUGCUGGUGAAGAUCCUACAGAAGUUGCCAAGCUUAGUCGCCCCAUCGGCGAGAGGGGAUGCUCUACGCAACUGUUCCUCGCAGAGAGCCGAGGCCCUGGUCAUCCUGCUAGUCAACGUCACCAACACAGCAGGCUGCUCUGCGGACCUCCAUGCACAGCUCACCUGCAGUGUCGAGGACAAGACUGAACAUAUUCCUCCUCCUCCGGUCAACUGGAGCCAUGUCGCUGGGAUCAAGCCCUUCCUGCUGGCCUGUCUGAAGAGCUGCCUCAGAGACAUCAGCUGUUCAGAGAUAUGGGGAGCCAAGAGGCAACUGACCUCCACCUACAUGAUCUACCUGGCAGCCUAUUACAGCAAGCUUCCCCAACAGCCCUCCUACAGGCCGGUGGAGUGUUUGGAAGAACUGGAGACGUUCUCCUCUGAGGUCCUGUUGCCGUUGCUUAAGCUGCCGGCAGUGCAGAACAUGUUUGAGGAUCUCAUCUCCUGCUCGGCCCUGUGCAAUCCCACGUCUUGCUCUCCGGGCCCCGAGACUAUCUACAGUCUUGUGUCACUGAGCUGCGCUGGUGGCAAGCCGCCCCUCAGCCUACUCGGGGCUCGAUCCCCCUUCUCCUUUCUGACGGCAUUGCUCUGUUUAAUAAAUAGCAUCUGCAGCGCCCACAAAGGCUUGGUACAACAGUUCUCUGUUGUCCUGCAAAGCAAAGCCUUGAGGGAUUACUUGAAUCGCAGCAGCAAAGGGACACCGCCGGUGACCCACGCCUCUGCCUGGCUCUUACGGCACGAGUUCCACUUCCAGUUCCAGGUUCUCAAACUGGCCUCCAAGGUGAUUGCUGUGGAUUGUGGGCUUUCCCUUCACGCUCCGCUCUAUCACUAUGUGACCAUGACACUGCUGAGCCGGCUGCUGCCUGGCAGCGAGCACUUGGCACACGAGCUCCUGUCAGGCCUGGCUUUCAACCAAGACCUGAUCCCGGAAGGGAAGUCUGGCGGGCCCGAAGCGGAGGACCUGCGCUGUAUCCUUCGGCUCGGGACAGACCAGGACCCUGGAGCGAGCGCUCAUCCCAGCCCCACCCGAGGGACACUGCUGGCCGAAGCCUUCAAGCAGCUACCCAGCAUCCGGGCCGGCUACCUGGCUCAGCUGGCCCAGCUGCGGCCUGCACUGCUGCAGUCGCAGGCCUGCUAUAAGGGCAACACCCACUCGGUCAGCUCCCUGCUGCUGCCUGAGAUGACGGGUCCUCUCCUGCCGGCCGACUGGGCCUUCCUGCCGCUGAUCACCCUGUACGAGCGAGCCAGCCGGGAGGAGCUGAGAGGUCAGUUGGUGGGCUCGCUGCCCCCAGGUCUGGUGGCCGGAGUGACCGGCUGCCUGCAGUGGCUGCUGCUCCUGGAGACCUGGCGGGACGGCCUCCUGCGGAGCUUGGCUCCGGCCGCCAAACUGGCCCGGCUCACGUGCGUCUUCCUGACGGGCAGCGACCUGUUCCUGGAGCGCCCGGUGCACGAUUACCUGUCGGCCCUGCUGGCCACCUUCUGCCAGCCCAGCCGCAUGGCCGCCCUGGACCUUGGCGUCCCGCUGCCCGGCCUCAGCUCCUUCUACGACCUGUACGUGGAUCUCCUCCAGCAGUUCGAGAGCGUCUCGUUCGGCGAUCACCUCUUCGGCUGCUUCCUGCUGCUCCCGCUGCAGAGGAGGUUCAGCGUCCAGUUGCGGGAAGCCGUCUUCGGGGAACAUGUCGGGGUUCUGCGAGCCCUGGGAGUCCCGCUGAACCGGCUGCCUGUGCCCCUGGAGGCCUACACACGGCCCACAGAGGGGUCCCUGGGGCUGCUCCGACAGUACUUCAAGACCCUGGUGACCGGAACCCUGCGUCUCAACUGGUGCCCUGUACUCUACGCGGUGGCUGUCGCUCACGUUAACGGUUUCAUCUUUUCCCAGGAGACUGUAGAUGAGGCCUUUGACGCUGCCAGGAGGAGCAUGCUUAGGAAGGCUUAUUUAUUAACUGAUGAGGCCUUGAGAAAGCAUCUGCUUUACUACAAGCUGCCAAAUAUAGAGUCACGGUGUGGGUUUGACAUGUACGAGGACCUGCCUGCGAUAAGAGACAAGUGGAUGAGGAAAGUCCUGGGGGAGCGAGUUUAUCCGAGAGCCGGAGAGCAAGGAGUAUAGCGGCCUGCGACAGCUGUCUAGCCCCUGGAGUCGGACAUUUUGCUGUAACAUGGCAGCUUUCAUAACUCACUGAGCUGCGAGUAGGGCACCCAAGUCUGGAGAAGAUGAUGUCCAUUUUCAGUGGGGAUGGGGAGGGAGGGGGAGAUAGAACAUCAGAACACUUCAGACUUGCCCAUUGACUGAACUGAUCCGAAUAAUAUUUUUACACAUGAGAGCUCCGCAUUUUAAAACCAAUGUUGUCGUUCAUUGGUACCUGUGGAGGGAGCCAUGAUGGUGGGUUAGCUAAACUGGUUGUCCAGUUCACAGUGAACAUAAUGUCCUGUCUGGGGACUGAAGACCUCUUGUGUGAUCUCCUCCUCUGACCGCCCGCAAAUCCUAUUCCACUGAGAUUUUCAAAGAGCUCCUUGAAACCAGGUCUCUGACUGAUCUUUAAAAGCCUUUCCGAGAGAGCUGUUUGACAGGAGCUGAGCCUGACCUGAGUGAGCUGUCAAGAGACCGCUCCCUAUUGAUUUUCCAGGAGAGACUUUCCAACCACACUGUGCGAGGGACGGGAAGCCUUUGAGAGUGCUGAAGAUGUAUCGACCGAGACGCCCUCUUGGAGUGACUGUUGAUCCUCCCAGUGUGGCUUGCUGUGCACUCAGAGGUGGCAGCUCAUGUACUUGUCUCAUCCUGGGUGGUCUAGUUGCAACUGAAAUCUUACAGCAGUUUGUGCUGCUGGGGGUGGUGGUGUCAGGGGCUUGGACAUAAUAAACACGCAAUGGAUUGUAAAA